UGUCAACACUCUCGUCGACACAAGCCAACUUUUAAGAAUGCACACGCCCAACUCUGCCCCCACCUCUCCAUCGCGCAAACGCGCUCUUUCCGAGACCACCAUGACUAUCCCGUGGCCACCAGAACGCCCUGCCAAACGUCCGUUCAAGCACGGCCCCUCGCCGCCGCCACGCAUCACCAUCGACCACCGCUCGUUCCCUCACAUCAUCGAGGCCAUCCUUGACUAUGCCGACACCCACGCGCUGCUCGCCAUACGCGGAACGUCGAGCGCGUACCGCGACGACGUCGAUGCACGUCUGUUCCGGCACGUCGUAGUCGGCUCGGACUUCAGGACGGCCGACCAGGGCUUGUACAUCACCGUCCCCGGCCCGAGGGGGCCAGCCAAACCCCUGCUGCGCUGGCGCGCAGGCGAGAACCCCCCAAUACAAAUCGCACAGGCGCGCACCCUCUCGCUCACCAACAUUGAGGCGUGGGAAUCCAACCUCUUCUCCUCCCGGAGCACUGACCUAGUCUCCUCUCUCACGGCACAUGCGCCGCAGCUCAACCUCGUCCGCCUCUCCAACUCGCAGCUCAAUCUCCGCUUCUCCAAAUUUCUCGCGAACGCGCCCGCGGCCCGCACGCUCGUGUGCAUCGGCGCGAUUGCCCGCGACGACCCCUGCCUGCCCUCCGGCUGCAGCGCCGACAUUUGGGUGGAAGUGCCCGCGCUCCCCAUCGGCAUGCACCGCUUCGUCCUCACGAUCCCGUACAAGCCCUGCUUUGCGUACCGGCAAAAUCUCGUCGGCCUGUUCGGCGCCCAAAUCCCGGGCUUGCGAGAAGCCGUCAUCAUCCUCGCCAACGCCAACGUCCCACACUACAAGCAAGCGCCGGGCCGGCGGCGUUCGCCCCGCCUCACUCCCGCCGGGACAUACGCCUCCCGCCGACCCAACUUCAGCUUCCUCGAAACCAUCAUCAGCGAGGUGCGCCGCGCCGAGCGCGGCGUGAAGUGGACGCUUGUUGGUGUGGGGGCGUUCCUCGAUGAGAUGGACUGCACGCCUACGCCCACGAUCGCCGAGCUGGAAGCGUACAUCGACACGCGGCUCGAAGAGGGGUGGCGCAAGCGCCUGAGCAUUCUCGAGCCUGCGCAGUAUGUGCGCCGCGUUGGACUGCGCCAGUUCGAGCUCGAGACUCGACACCCCGAGGACGAUGGUGUCCGUGGCCGCUGCAGCCAACUGAGUUGGUAGCAGGUGAGAAAAGGAGAGGUCUCGGUCGGCGAGCGACGGCAGUUCCGCGUUCCGCAGCCUCAUUUGCCCCGAUUGGCGUAUGGCUAAGAUGCCAAAGCCUGACCGCGGGCGUGGACUCCAUCGAGGUACUGCAGCAUGCCCUGCGUGCAGCGACUACGGCGUGUCGCACUAUGCCACUCACCGACUCUACACGAGUUCACCGGCCCUACACGAGUUCACUGCGUCUAAUCACACGG